GGUAUUUUAUAUGUUUAUUUUUAUUGGAUAGUAAAUAGCUUCCUCGUUUUCGUUAAAAUUUAAAUCAUCCACGUCCCCAGCGUUGCCUGGUUCCUGAGCCGUUAUUUACAGAGUGGCUUUUACGCCACCGUAAAAUUACUUAAAGAAAACAAAAUAUCCUGAGAACAAGAAUAUUUCUUCUGCAUUGAGCAUUUAGUUAGAUGAUUGAUAGAAAACUGUUGAAUUACAGGUAGUUUUUAUGAAUAAAACGACACAAGAGUAUGGUUGGUUAUUUGUUGCAAAAAUAAUAUUUUUAUAUUCAACGAAUAUUUUUGCAUUCAAGGAAUUAUUUUUAUAUUCAACGAAUUAUGUUUGUAUUUACGAAUAUUUUAUUCAACGAAUUCAAUUUUUUAUAUUUUGGCGUUCAACGAAUUAUUUUUAACGAAUUAUUUUUGCAAAUAAUAAAUUGAAAGUUGGUAAAUUACCGAACAUGCAGAAUCUGUUCAUACAUAUACAGAUAGAAAAGUUUCAAAAUUGAUUUUUUUCCCAUACUGUUAUAGAAAGUGUGGCUGUGCUGGAAACUUUGAGAUUUCUUUAUGAAAAACCAGCAGGAAGUCCAAAGCAGUAUUUCAUCAACUAUUUACAGUCCUGCUUUUCAAAACAACUGGAUUUUUGGUGUUUGCAAUAGCACCUGUUAUUUCUGGCUUUGGGUUUGGAAAAAUAACUGUUAUGUUUAAUAAUAUUAUGACAUUGUUUUCAUCCGUGUGCACUAAAACGAUAACAUUGCUCAUAAAUUUGGGGAUUUCGAAAUGUGCAAGGCUUCUUUGGAAGCAGUGAUGGAUGAGAAAUCAUUCAACUGUGUUUAACUAGAUUUUAUUUUAUAGAGACAUACAACUAGUUUAAUUGUUCAUUCUGUGUUUUUUCUUCUGUUUGGUGAACAGAAAAAGAAGGCUUUUCAAACAUCGGCCGAUGUUAUGGAAUUUUGACUUGUCAGCCUAAGGUCUAUUUUUGUUAACUUAGGGAGUUGUUGUCUUGAAUUACUUAAGAAAGAAUAGAUUUUUUUAGCAAAGCUUUGUUUUUGAAAAUAUUAUUACCUGAGGUGUAUUUUGUUCUAUUUGUUAACUCUAUAUGCCCCAAUAUUUGUAUGCCCUCUCUUUCUUCACUUAGUUUGCAACCUUUUUUCUGGCAUAUUUUUUGUUUGUUAUACUUUUUUUAUUGUUCUAUUUUUUGUUUGCUUAAGAAAUAUGAAAGUCUGAAACUAUAUGUUUUUUCUCUUUUGAAACUCUGUUGAAUGUUAUAGAUACAAGAUAACGCCCGGAUAUCAGGAAGUUAAUCAAGCUUGUUCCUAAGGGCGUGUCCUAAACAACAACAAAACAACAACAAGAGGGACGAGAAACGUUGAUUGUUAAGCUAAUUCUCAACUAAAAGAAUAAUAUUGUGACAGGAGUUGCACGACGAAAAAUAGAGAUUUGAUUUAAAUUCUUAAGAUGAUUCGUUGAAUCGAAAAUAAUUCGUUGAAUCGAAAAUAUACUUUGUUGAAUAUUAAAAAGAGCCGUUGAAUUCAAAAAUAAUUCGUUGAAUUUAAGGUUACUGUAAAGGAAACAAUUUUUUUUCUAGGUUUUUUUGCAAAAAAUUCAUGACAUAUAGAAAAAAAAUUCUCUUUCCAAUGACAUAUUUUAUAUUCCAUGAAAAUAUUUGGAACAUCCCUUUUUUCUGGAAAGAGGAUUUUCAGAGGUGUUAUAUCCUUCACACCUUUGAAAAAAUAUGUGCAAAAUGAGUUGAGCAUAUUUUUUGUAAACAUUAUGCAUAAUAUGGAACUCCCGUAUAAAAAUAUGCAUAAUAAUAUUUUUUAGAUAGUUUACUUUCACUAUCGAAUUAAAAAAAAUCAAAGUUAAGGAAUAUGCAUAUGAGCUCUCUCUUGUAAACCUGACUUCUGUCUAUUAAUAAUUCUGAACGCGUGCACGCAUAUUCAGCAUAAAGAAAAAGUUCGCACUUCUAUCAUCUUUCUGCAUACUCAGUUCACACAUUUUUAUAACACCUACGAAAAUCUUUAAAAACAAAUAUCUCGUUAGUAAAUUUUCGCAUACAUGCCUUUACGUUUGUGGUCUCUUUUUCCGAAAGCUUCCUAUUGUAUAAAUUACUGAUUAGCGAACUAUGACGACAGAAAGAAAAAAAUAUGCAUUUUUUUGAAUGAUUAUAUAUAAUUACAAAUAAUUUCAUAACGACGUUAUUAGAAAAAAAAACCGGGAACCUUUUUGAAUUUCCGCGCCCGAAGGCGUAGGAAAUUCUUUAAAACCGUCGUUUUUUCUUUCGGAGCAUUUUUUGAGAAAAUAUCGACCCUGGGAUUUCACGUUGGUCCGUCACGGAUGUAAACUUCGUACCCAAGCUCCUUAACUACUGUUGACGCUUCAGGCCAAAAUUGGUAUUUGUUUUCGACAAAAUUUGACACAGUUAACAAAAAAAGUAUGCUGAACAUAAUGGUGACAUAAUAAUUUUGAUUUUUGCACAAUAACACAACAAUGUUUAGCACAAUAACACAACGAAUUAGCAGGUUUUCAUCAAAUAUUUUGGUAGCGCGCGGAAAUUCUUAGAGCCCCCAGGGCUUCUUGUUGAAUUUAAUUUAUGCUGAAUAUAAUGGUGUGAAAACGAGAAGUCUGCGACCAUGCGUUCGGAAAAAGAAGCCAUUUGAAAACGUACGGUGAAAAAAAAUUGGUGUGUGUUUAUUUCAUUAUAUUUUCUUUUUGGAAAAUUACCAUCUCACGAAAAUAGCACCAUCAAAAAAGUCUUUCAUCAAGCAUUCAGAAACAAAAAACAUAAAAAAAUAUAAAACUAUUGAUAAAUUAUAAGGGUUUUUCUGAGACUACUCAUCAAGUGAGUUUUUUCCUUUACAGUAACCUUAAAAAAUUGAUUUUUUGAUACGUUACGUUAAUGCAAAAUUAUUCCUUAAAAAAAAAAAAUUUUGCCAACCGAUCAUAAAUUAGAAUUUCUUUAAAAAAUAUACAGAACUACCAUUUUUUAUGUUUCUUGAGCUUUUUAUAGCGCCGGAAAUUCUUACGUGCAUAAAGUUAACGUCUAGACAUGAAUAAAGAUGAUUUGCGCAACCAAAAAAUAUUUACUUCAGAGCAUGCUAUGCUUGUGAACAGAUAUUUCGUUUGUUUUUCGCUGGAAUAUAUUUAAUUUACAUAUAUUCUUUUUUUGACGCCUCGUCAUGAAGUCUUGGAUAAAUUGUAUUUUCCUGUUGACAAUCUGCGUCUAUGCUGUGUUAUGUGGUAAGAGAUUUGUUUUUAUUUAGUGUUUCAUUAAUUUUUUAUUACCAUGUUUUACGAUAAACCCAUUUAUAAGAAGCCGAGUACCAAAGUUGGGAGUAAACGAGUCUAAACAAUUGUCUCGUUUGUGUCAAUUGAAAAUUAAAUAAAACAAAAGAUUACAGUUUAAGGAUCGCGUUGGAAUGUAAGAUUUAAAAGAUUUGCAAAGGUUCGAAUUCAGUCUAGCCUAGUUAACUAAGCUUUCUUUGAGGAUAUCAACAUUUAUUCCGAUUAUCAAAAGUUAAGCUGGGUCUCCUGGCUAAAUCUAGCCCUGCCAUUUUUUAAGAUUCGGAAGUUCUUAACAACAGUAAAUGUAAAAGAAAUUACAGAUUAUCUGAGGCAUAAACUAAAUAUUGUAGUUCUUAAAAAAGACCAGUGUAUUAUUUUUGCGUAUAUACUUGUACUAUUACAGGCCAUACCACCUGUCAUCGCUACACCAAAACCUGUCCAACUGGCUGUCCUGUGGUCUGCAUCGCUAGCUACAAACAGUGUUAUUUAUUUUACCAAAAGAUUGGCCAAAAUUUAAAGUUAAUCUUGGGUGGCUGCAUUCAGCAACGGAUAUUUAUGAAAGAACACCCCAAUAAUAGCUGCCACGAAAUUCGUAUCGGUGGGUUUGCUUGUUUUUGUUCCGGUCAAAACUGCAAUUCAAAUGCAAGACGCUAUCUUAGACGCGAAGAAAUGGGAACAUUAACCUUCACUGUAUAUGGUAAGUUAAUCAUUUGCUAAUACAUUUGUAAAUGUGUUUUAUUCAGUUUCCAAUAUUUGUGAGAUGUUGGCUAAAAAUUUUGGCUAAAAAUUUUUUUUUAAAUUUACGUUCAAACUUUUAGAUUACGGCUCAUUUGAGAAACUGGAAAAUGAAACAAACCACGAGGACGUCAAAAGCGACAAACUUAAAAAAAACGUCAUCAUUAUCACAGUCUCUGCCAUUUUCGUUUUCGGUGGAUUUAUCGUGAAAAUGUCGUGCAAAAUCUUUCUAUGUCUCAAGCGUUCAAUUCGACAACCGCGGGUUUCUAUCAAAGCAGAUUCGGACCAACCAACUUUAAUAACAACUGGAUCGCGUCAAAAGAGUUGUUUGGAAGACGGUAACACACCUAAAGAAUUAGACUCUUUAUCAAAUUUCUUUGCAUAUGAAACAGUUAACUUUAUGGAAUUGAUUUAUAAAGGACGGAGCAGUCAAGUAUGGAAAGUAUCGAGAGGGUGUCAUAUUUUAACUGCGAAAAUAUCAACAACGAAACAUCAAGUGCAAAACGAGAAGCGGUUAUUUCAAGAUUAUCAAUUAAAACACGAAAAUAUCAUUCGUUUUGUGCAUUGUCUACAUCAAGCGGUCGAUAAUUUAAAAACCGAUGUCCUGCUCUUUGAAUACCACCCUAAUGGUGAUCUCUUGAAUUUUUUGAAAUUUAACAUAGUGCCGGUGUCAAAUGCGUUGCCUCUUUUGAAAGAGAUCAUAUCCGGAGUUGCUUAUUUACAUUCGGAAAAUAUGAACACUACACCAAGGAAGUACAGAAUCGCUCAUCGCGAUAUAAAGAGUUCUAAUAUUUUAAUGAAAAGCGACACAAGAUGUUGCCUGGCUGAUUUUGAAUGCGCCUACGUGUUCAUUGACCACAGGAAUUUUUCCAACAAGGAGAUAGAGCAGGUAACGUCUGCUGCUACAAGUUUAUUAAUUUUCACGAAUAUUAAGAUUUGCGAGAUAAUCAUAGCUUUUCUGUCUGUUGGUACUCUACGUUACCUGCCACCUGAAGUUUUGGCUGGCACCACGGAUUUCGAUGAGGAAGCUUUUUUUCAAGCAGAUAUGUACUCUACCGCUCUUAUCAUGUGGGAAUUGUUGUCACGGUGUUGUUACAGUUCAGGUAGAAAAAAAAUUUUGCGUUUCUUUAAUUGCGUUUUACUCUCCCUGUCAGUAGAUGAUGUUCCUUCUUACAUGGCUCCGUAUGAAAACAAAGUUGGACGACAGCCGAACGUAAACGACCUGGAGUCCUGUGUUCUUCAACAGAAUUAUCGACCAGAAUUUAGACCAAUAAUAUGGAAGGAUGAGGAGUUGAAUUUUAUCUGCAAAACUAUUCAAGAUUGCUGGGAUGAAGCGCCCACGGCUCGAUUAACUGCAGAUUGUGUUUACGAAAGACUAUCAAGCUUAAUGUAGUAAAUGUAUUUUCACGGCCUUUUUGAACGGUGAAUACUACGAUAUGUGGCGCAACGAGAGUCAGCGUACAUAAAUAAAUAUGGUAUUCACUUUUUUACGCAUUCUUUGUACAUGUAUUUUCUUAUGUUGUGUUAUUUUUUCUGUAAAAAAGAAAGAAAACUUGUUUAACCUAACUUUUUUAUGGAAUUUUUAUUCUUUCAUGACAUUGCAACUUUAUCUAAAGUAAUAAAUAAUCUGGUCCUUAAGAUUGUUAACUUUUAAAUAUUCAUGUUUAUAUUUUUUAGCGUAUCUGAGGUCUUAACAUAUAUCAGUUAUAAAAAUAUUUAUAAAAUAAAUAUUGAACUUCUGACAAAAAAAAAUCCCGCUAUAUUUGAUUAACGUUUUGUCUUGAUUAUUUUAGGAUCAAUCUUUGCUAUCCAAUAAAACUACGUUGUAAAAACGAGUCAUGUGCCAAUUUCAUCCAAUGGAUAUCAUUGAAUGAAAUUGUCACUGGAUAUCGCUAUUGUUCAAAAUAUUGGUGCACUUCGUCCUGAAAAUUUUGCCUUUGUGAUUUAGCUGCGUAGACGAUAAAUGACCACGGCUUGUUUGAGUGUCUUUUGUCCGAACGCUAACAAGUUGGUGUCGAAAAAUUAAUUUAUAUGGACGCGGAAUAAAAGUCCCAGGACCGUUUUGCAGGUUCCUUUAAUUUUGUGAUAAAGUUUGUGUUUACUUAACACGUUGAAGUUUAAAUAAAAGAUUUUUAAUGUUAAUAA